AUGGCCGCCAUUCGCCCUUCGCUCCGGCCGCGAGCUCUCCUCCGCCGGCCGGCAUCGCUGCUAAGGCGGUACGAACACUCCACUCCCGAUGUGACGAUCGAGCGUGGUGGGCCAGUGAACGUUGACCGACUCUGUCAAGUAUCUCGCGACUUCCGAAAUGCUCAGAUCGAGUCAGCUUUCCUUGCGACUCGCGGAGACGACGUGUACGGCGAGGACCCGACGACGAUCGAGUUGGAGACACGCCUGGCGCGGCUGACGGGGAAGGAGGCCGCACUGUUCUGCUCCUCAGGAACAAUGACGAACCAGCUCGGCAUCCGUGCCCACCUCCAGGGUCCGCCGCAUAGCAUCAUCUGCGACCACAGAGCCCACAUUCAUCUCUGGGAAGCGGGAGGUAUUGCGCUCUUCAACCAGGCUACAACACAUGCGCUCGUUCCGAAGGGGAAGUUUCUGACGGCGAAGGAGGUGGAGAAGAAUCUGCACCUCGGCAAUGACCACCACAUUGCCCCCACACGCCUGAUUUGCCUCGAGAACACCAUGAACGGGGUGAUCUACCCUCAGGAAGAGGUCGUCAGGAUUGGCGAGGCGGCGAGGAAGCACAACAUUCCGAUGCACCUCGAUGGAGCGAGGAUAUGGAACGUCGCGGCUGAUGAGGUCGAGGCGCAGCACCUGGACUCAUCCAAGGAGGAAGACAUUCAGGCCGUUAUGAGCAACCUUCUGGAGCCAUUUGACACGGCAAGCAUCUGUCUGUCCAAGGGUAUCGGCGCACCCAUCGGGUCGGUGCUCGUUGGACCACAAGCUCUGGUUGACCGCGCUCGCUGGUUCCGAAAAGCCUUUGGAGGAGGCUGGCGCCAGUCUGGUGUUCUCGCCGGCAUGGCGGACUAUGCUAUCACGAACCACUUCCCGAGACUAGCGCGGACACACAUUCUCGCUCAGCGUCUGGCAGUCGGUCUCCAGCGUCAUGGAUUGCGGAUACUGGCUCCCGUUGACACCAACAUGGUCUUCUUCGGUGGUCUGGAUAGCCAGCUCGUCAUCGACGCCCUGGCGGCACUGGCGAGCCCUAUCUUGCUGGACUCGAACCGCUGCGUCAUCCACCACCAGACUGACGCCGAGGCUAUAGACGAGUUUGUCUCGGUCGUAGAACAGCUCGUCGCCGAGCACGGUGUGAGCGAGCCCACGGAAGACGAGAUGCUGGGUUACUAG